UCACAGCUCAUCCAGAGGAGCAUCUUCAUCAUUCUUCAAACACACACACACACACACACACACUGCAAAAUGAGGGAGAUCGUACAUAUUCAAGCCGGACAGUGCGGGAACCAGAUUGGAACAAAGUUCUGGGAAGUCAUCAGCGACGAGCACGGCAUUGAUCCAGCCGGCAGCUAUGUGGGUGACUCAAGUCUGCAGCUCGACAGAAUUAAUGUGUACUACAACGAGGCGUCCUGUAAGUAUCUCACAAGUACGUUCCCAGAGCCAUCCUUGUGGACCUGGAGCCUGGCACAAUGGACAGUGUUCGUUCUGGAGCGUUUGGGCAGCUUUUCCGACCCGACAACUUCAUCUUUGGACAGACAGGUGCAGGCAACAACUGGGCCAAGGGCCACUACACUGAAGGAGCCGAGCUGGUGGACUCAGUGCUGGAUAUCGUCAGAAAAGAGUGCGAGUAUUGCGACUGUCUGCAAGGCUUCCAGCUCACACACUCCCUCGGCGGAGGAACCGGAUCAGGAAUGGGAACGCUUCUAAUCAGCAAGAUCCGAGAGGAAUACCCGGACCGCAUCAUGAACACGUUCAGCGUCAUGCCUUCACCGAAAGUGUCUGAUACGGUGGUGGAGCCGUACAACGCCACGCUCUCUGUGCAUCAACUCGUGGAAAACACUGAUGAAACGUACUGUAUUGAUAACGAGGCACUUUAUGACAUCUGCUUCCGCACGCUCAAGCUGACCACACCCACAUAUGGAGAUCUCAAUCAUUUGGUGUCUGCAACGAUGAGCGGCGUCACCACUUCGCUGCGGUUCCCCGGCCAGCUGAACGCAGAUCUGCGCAAAUUAGCGGUCAACAUGGUGCCGUUCCCUCGCCUCCACUUCUUCAUGCCCGGCUUCGCUCCACUGACCGCAAGAGGAAGCCAGCAGUAUCGCGCCCUCACCGUGCCUGAACUCACCCAGCAGAUGUUUGAUGCCAGGAACAUGAUGGCCGCCUGUGACCCACGGUUAGGUCGUUACCUUACUGUCGCCACUGUAUUCCGCGGGCCAAUGUCAAUGAAAGAAGUCGACGAGCAAAUGCUGGCCAUUCAGAACAAAAACAGCAGCUAUUUUGUGGAGUGGAUCCCCAACAACGUCAAAGUUGCAGUGUGUGACAUUCCACCAAGGGGACUUAAAAUGGCCUCCACUUUUAUCGGCAACAGCACCGCCAUCCAGGAACUCUUUAAGCGCAUUUCUGAGCAAUUUUCGGCUAUGUUCAAGCGCAAGGCCUUCCUGCAUUGGUUCACUGGAGAAGGAAUGGAUGAGAUGGAGUUCACCGAGGCAGAGAGCAAUAUGAAUGACCUGGUGUCAGAGUAUCAGCAGUACCAGGAGGCCACAUGCAGUAUUGGCGAGGAAGCAUUUGAUGAUGAUGAUGAGGAAGAAGUGAAUGAGUGAACAACAGUUUUUUUUAGUGCUGUGAGUGUUUUAUAAGUUUUGUAUUUUACUUUUUUGUGAAGUCCUUGUAAACAAAGCUUGUUUGCAAUAAAUGCUUUCUGAGGACCAUA